ACGUUAGGUCCAACAAGCCGGUACAGAGCUCCUCUGCUCUUUGCCGCAGAAACUCACAGCAACAACUACUAGUUCACUGAAGCAAACAAGACCACGGAUCUACAGUUUUCUACAUGGAAGUUGUUUAGAUUUCUAUCCCGAGAAUGGAAACUUUCGUUUUUCGCCUCAUGCCAGGACACUAAAUUGAUUCCUUUUUUUGUUCUAGUGUCGUUUAAAUUACUUAUCUAUAUUUUUAAGCUUGGAAACUGGACUGAUCAAAAGCUUUCAUAUCUUGGAAUAAUGAGUGGCUCCUCCUGGAUUCACCAUUAUUUGUGGAUUUAACCCCUGUUUUAGAAAAGACUGUAGAUGGUACAUUUUACAGACGAUAUGGACUUUCCUUUGCGAAUUCACCUUUUUACUGCUUUUGUCUCCUGUAUUAAGGUUUAUGCUCAAGUGGUUCUACCUGCAAAGCAUCCAGGCCUGCAGGUGUUGGCCUCGGCCUCACAUUAUUGGCCCCUCGACGCCGUGGAUGGAAUCCAUGAACUGUGGGACCAGAUUGGAAACAGACCAGGUUAUGUUAACGGAAGUAACAUAACGCUCAGAAUCCACAACCACACUGUGCUCCCUUCCUCCCAUAACUCUUCCUAUGUGUAUACCAAUGACUCUGCCUACACUAACAUUUCUGCAACAGUAGAUAUUGUUGAGGGAAUGGUCAACAAAGGCAUCUUUCUAAAUGGAGAUAACGGCGGUACCUUUCUCCACUUUGGAAACUACCAGAACUCUUGUAUCAGUGACCCUACGUGGUGUGGUCCUGGGGGGAUUACCUUCUCCUUUUUUUGGAAAAACCAGGAGACACAGUCCCGUUUUGCUGUAGCCUCUGGAGGGAAAGUUAUCUCCAACGGCUUCUCCGUGUACGCCAAUAAUCAUGGAGGAUAUGUUGAGUUUUACACCAGAGGCAACAACCAUAGAUGGAAGGCCAACAUCACCGUCCCCGGGCCUUACUGGACUCAAGUUCUCUUCUCAUGGAAGAGAAAUGGUGGCCUGAAGGUCUACAUCAACGGGACCUUCACCGCUGGCGACACAGCUGGCAGUGUCUCAGAAAGCUACGGUGACCUCUACCCCGACCUCGUCAUUGGAACGGGCAACGACAGGGCAUAUGGUCACUACGUAACCGGCGCCUUCGAUGAGUUCGUCAUCUGGGAAAGGGCCCUCACUCCUAGCGAGAUCUUGCUCUACUACCGAGCGGCCGUCGGGCAGGCAAUGGUUUUUACCACAACACCCAGAGUCUCCAGAGAAGUCACUUCAACUGCACCAACAGCUAGCACCCCUGAAGUGAGUCCUCCUGUGAUCGGCGGCCGGGGGGAGGAGAACCAAAGCCCUCGGCGUCCAGAGUCCUUGCCGGUGUUGGGCUUCCUUAAGGGGCUGCCCAACAGGACCAUUCCUCACAACACUGCCGACAACCUCACACAGACCUUUCUCAAAAGUGUGGAAGAAGUGCUGUCCUCCCCUGGGCUGUCAGAGCAGCAGUUCGUCCCUGUGGUCAGCGGUCUGAUCGAGACCGUGGACAUGGUGAUGGAUCACAUGGUGACUAACCUGGAGGCCAGCCCAAACUCCCUCAUCACCCUCGGUGGAACAUCUUUUGUUGCAGACUACUCUCUGAUGAAAUUCCCACAGAAGUACAACCUGCCACACUACCGCUUCCCCACACAGGGCAUGAGUUACAUCUCGGUGCCUGGAGAGGCUUUCGCCAUGCAGUCUCAAACCACCAUCGUUGGCCUCUACUACCACAACAUGCACAGCUACUACAAGGAGAUCAGCCCCGUCAAGACCAAGAUUAACACGGCAGCUGAUUUUAAGGAUUUCAAAAUCCAGGUAGCAAGCUGUCUGAUCUCUCUGAAAGUGGAGCCGUCCCCGGCCCUGUCAGUGAACCUCUCUGGAGCGCCACUCAUCAAGAUUGUCCUCACCCAUAUCCUGACCAAAGAACAGCAAGAGCAAGUCCUAAAUCAAAGCAACAAAGUCUUCCUCUACUGUGCCUUCUUGGACUACAGUUCCAAUGAGGUAGUGUGGUCCAAUGAAGGCUGCGUACGCUCAGAUGGAAACAUGACGUACUCCGUGUGUUUGUGCAACCACCUCACCAACUUCGCCAUACUUAUGCAAGUGGUGCCAUUAAAGCUCACUACUGGCCACAGGGUGGCACUAUCAACCAUCGGUUAUGUCGGCUGCUCAAUUUCCAUCAUCUGUCUCGCCAUCACUCUGGUGACUUUUGCCGUUCUGUCAUCAGUGAGUACCAUCCGUAACCAACGCUACCACAUCCACGCCAACCUGUCCUUUGCCAUCCUGGUGGCGGAGAUCUUACUGCUGAUCAGCUCUCGCUUCGACCCGGGCACGUUGCCUUGUAAGGUAAUGGCGGUCCUGCUUCACUUCUUCUUUCUGAGCGCCUUUGCAUGGAUGCUGGUGGAGGGCCUCCACCUCUACAGCAUGGUGAUCAAGGUGUUCGGCUCUGAGGGCAGCAAACACUUGUACUACUACGGCAUCGGCUGGGGCUCUCCAUUGGUGAUAUGUGUGGUGUCAAUGACAUCAGCUCUGAACAGUUACGGCGAGGUUGACAACUGUUGGCUUUCACUGACGAAUGGUGCAAUCUGGGCAUUCGUGGCCCCGGCUCUGUUUGUCAUCGUGGUGAACAUUGGCAUUCUGAUAUCUGUCACAAGGAUCAUAUCUCGAAUCAGCGGGGAGAGCUACAAGGUUCAUGGAGAUGCUAAUGCAGUGAAGCUGACUGUGAAGGCAGUGGCCGUGCUCCUCCCCAUACUCGGCAUCUCCUGGAUCUUUGGUGUUCUCGCUAUCAACUCACACUCUUUGCCGUUCCUGUAUAUUUUUGCUGUAUUCAAUUCGUUACAAGGGUUCUUUGUCUUCUUGUUUCACUGUCUUCUCAACUCGGAGGUCAGAGCUGCUUUCAAACACAAAACCAAAGUGUGGUCUCUCACCAGCAGCUCCAUCCGAAACAUCAACGUGAAGCCAUUCAACUCGGACAUUAUGAAUGGAAACAAGGAGGGCGUGACGCCCACCAAGAUGAACACAUGGGACAAAAGCACCAACUCUGCCAAUCGUAUCGACCUCUCCGCCGUGUAGAAGCGUCCCUGUCCGUGGUAGGAAGAGCAAUCAAUCACCAGUGUAGAAUGACAAACGCCGGCCAGAGUGUCCUCCCACUAUGUUAUGCAAUGAAUGUGACCGUCAUCUGCCAAAGGGAAAGUUGCACCGAAGGAGACGUUGUUUAACUGAAUAAUAGCUUCACCUUUAAAGACAAACAGACUGUAAGGACUGUGCCUUGUUGUUGUCUAGUAAAAACAUGUGUUCCAUUAGUGUUCCCAAAAACAAGCCACAGGGGUUCCUGAGGAGGUCAGUGAGAGUCUCAGCUUCCAGGGGUGCUGUUCAGGAUCUGGUAACAACGCUAUCUGUAGUGGAGUGUCUGGUAUUGUCUCCUGUAUGGUCCUUCUGCAUAGCGCAGUUGAUUUUUGUAUUUGGCAAGAGUUUAUGUAGUGGAAUAGUUUGACAUUUUGGAAAAUACGCUUAUUUCUUUUCGUGCAGAGCAACAGUCUGUUCAGUGAAUAUUAAGCCAGCGCCAGCAGCUGUUUAGUUUAACUUAACUUUAGCUGACCCGCCUCAGUCCAUAAUCAACGCACCUAAAAAUGACAUAUGUGUCGGACUAGCAAUCCAUGCUAUCCGUGUCCCCUGUUUCCAGAAUUUAUGCUAAACUAAGCUAAAGUAAUCUGCUGCUGGUGGCAUAUUUAACGUACAGAGAUGUGAAAAGCAGCAACAUUUCCAUUAAUAAAGCAAUUACACUUACUUUGAUUUACUUGCAGAAAACGUAACAUUGGAGAUUGUACGUUUUCAAGGCAUAAUACUUUACAAAUAGGCUCAGUACUUUUUACUUAAUUUGUCCAUGAAAUAAACACAUAAUGAUUUUACCAGUUGUUAAGAGUAUUCAUCAUCACAAACAUUGCAUAUCUUUUUUUUUUAAAGGUAAACUUCUCCAAGAAUUAAAGCCCUAAUGUAACUCUGAUAUAAUGUAUUUAUUUAUUUUGUGAUUCUGUAUCAUUUCUUCUGCAAAGUUUCACAACUCAACAAUCUGUAUGUUCUCAUGUUAAAUUCUGUGUUUUUGUGUAUGUUUUCUUCCUUGAAAUGAACUGGUAUAUUGGCAGCACCUCACAUCUUAGUAAGCUGCAGUAUUUUAGGCUUUUGGGGGAAUCGUGAAUACUGGUUGUGUGAUUGGGACACAAUUCUGUGAAGUUGUAUGGUGUCUGAAGCUGUUUCUGUUACUAAUUUCUUUUACAUUUUCAUACAUAUUUUUAAAAUGAAAUAUGUUCAAGAACAGAGGAACUUGCUACGGUUGUUGUUUUAUUCUUAAAUACUGUGAGGAUGGAGGGAGAUGGCAUAUUUAAAAAUGUCAUUGAUCUUACAACAUUAAGUUUCAUAAAACAGGAUUUACUGUAAGUCACUCUGCACUCACUUUCGAUGUAAAAUUCAAUGUUAAAUAUUUCUAUAUGUCUAUGCUUGUAUGGCCUUUGAUGAUUGUUGUUUUAUGGUAAUAUGGUUUGUUUCCAGUUAUCUUUAUUAAAGAAAACGUUUAUGACAAGAAA